AUGCUGGAAUGUCCCUUGAAGACACAUGAAGAACUGGCAGGGGUGGUCACCUCUGUGACCCGGCACCAUGGGACAGAACCACAGGGGUGGGAGGAGCAUUACCUUAUUGUACCAUCUGAAUUUUGUAUCAUGUCGGAAUGUAAACUCAAUCCAAAUGAACGUGGCACAGUCCCCACGAUGGCAUCCAGGAGUAACAGCGCCACAGCGUGCCUCAAAGGGCAGGCUUUCAGAGGCCAUCAGGUCCACUUCCUUGUCAUGCAGAUGAGGAGACCAAGACACUCGUGGUUUGCAUUCCUUCAGAAUGGAAAAUACAUGCUCCGGGAGGCCACGUCACCCUUCCACCUGUGUGCAGAUGAAGCUGUCAGAUAG